UUAUCUAAUUAAAUAUCAUGUCUCAGUUAAAAUCAUCCGUUAGUUCAGUGCGGUUGUGAUUUCAAUAUGAUUGUAUAUCUGACUUUAUUGUGUUGCCUGUUUUUAAACAUAGCUGUCGGAAUAGAAGAACAUUGCGAUUUAUAUGGAAGCAACUGCACAUCAAUCCACGAUUGUGAUGUACUGAAAAACUUGAUUCACAAAUCACCAAAACUGAGAGCUAGGAGCGUCGAAUACAUUUGCGGUUUUGACGGCGAUGUAGCAAGGGUUUGCUGUCCGAGUACCCUGAGUGACGAAUUCUUUAUGGAUUCACUUACAACUACAGACGGUGAUUACUACGGUGAGGAGUACGAUGAGAGCAUGCAAAGCAAUGAGCUGUCAGAAGAAACCAAUUGCACGAGUCCAGAUGGUAAACGUGGUGUGUGUAUUCCGUUAAAUGACUGCAAAUCAAUCUUAGAUAUACUCGAAAAGAAGGAAAUGACGGCCGGAGAAAAAAAUUUCUUGAGAUAUUCAAGAUGUGGACCCGUAGAUAGUAAAAUUUCGGUUUGUUGCGUAAAGGAUACGUUGGAUAAUGCGUGUUUCAACGCUGACGCGAUGCAAGGCGUGUGCAUCGAUGUUCGGUCAUGUCCGUCCAUCAUUAAGCUACUUCAGCCUCCGGUGCCACAAGGCAGUCUGGAUUUCAUUAAAAACUCCAGGUGUUUAGGCAAAACCUCUCACAGCAUAUGCUGUGGACCAGAUCAUGUCGAGAAGGUCCCUAUACGUAUUUGUAAUCAGUCAGCAGCCCCACCCGACGUGAGAACGGAAUGCUGUGGUGUGGAUCCGUCAACAGGGAAUAAGAUUUUUGGUGGGAACGCAACAGCGAUAGAUCAGUACCCAUGGUUGGCUCUCAUAGAGUACAGAGACAAAAACAAUAAAAUAAAACUACUCUGUGGAGCUGCUCUUAUAAGUUCCAAGUACGUGUUGACAGCUGGACAUUGCGUCAUCGGACCAGUUCUGAACUCUGGAAAGCCAGAAAAUAUUAGGCUCGGAGAGUAUGACACAUCAAAUUCUGAAUCGGAUUGCGUUGAAGGAGAGGGGGGAGGGGUUGACUGUGCUGAUGAAGUGCUCGUGAUACCAAUUGAGAAGAUUAUAGCGCAUGAGGGUUACGACCCAAUGUCUCCCUUAAGAAGAAAUGAUAUUGCUCUUAUAAGGAUGGCUACAUCUGCUCCUUACACGGGUUUCAUUCAACCAAUCUGUCUUCCAACAACCGACGUAACAUUAUCCAAAGAUAAUUUAGUCUUCACAGCCGCUGGCUGGGGAGCUGUGUCAACCGAACAAAGUACAAGCAAUGUUAAAAUGCACGUCGAUUUACCAUUAAAGGGAGACGAGGAAUGUCAAAAGGCCUACAACGUUUCCUCCAGAAAAUUGCAACUAUGGAAUCGUCAAUUGUGUGCUGGAGGUGUGAAGGGGAAGGACACCUGCAGAGGAGACUCCGGUGGGCCUCUGAUGUAUGACAACGGCAGAACUUACUCCGUCAUAGGAGUCGUCAGCUUUGGCCCCUCACCGUGCGGCUUAGAGAACGUGCCGGGAGUUUAUACCAAGGUCUACGAAUAUCUGCCUUGGAUAAGGACCAACAUUAAACCCUGAUCAAACAUCAAAAUUUACUUCAAUAGUAUUUUAUAUACAUUGCAUGAACACUCCAGAAUCAUGGAUUUUUAAAUGAUUCAAAAACUGUAUAUUGACAAAACUAUUUAAUGAAUAAUGUAGAUAGAUAAAAUCCGAUUAAGGGAAACAAAAAUAAGAAGCUAUUUUGAAUAACAUUUUCUCCUUCAGAUAAGGAGCUUCACGUCCACUUGAUUUUUUCUUCGCAAGUUAAAUAAUCUUUUACAUAUAACAUACAUUUUAAAACAUGAA